CACCAUCUUGCGCAUACGCGGAAUCGAACAAUAAAUUCAAAGCACGCGUCGUAUCGAAGAAAUCUCAGAUACUGUCCUCCUCUGGCGCUUCGCACGCGGACCACGGCGCCAGCCCAACGGCAGCCUGUUCUCCAGCCUCAUCAGGCCUCAUCAGCACGACGCUUGGCAAGGAUCCAGCACCGCAGACGCGACAAGCUUGCGGAAUCAUCGAAGAUCAAUUAAUCUUUCAAGCGAACGGUCUGAACACACCACGGGCUUCCAAACAACGCCAUGACAACGAAACCAUUUCCAGCGGUAACAGGCAGAUGCUACUGCGGUAAGGUGAAGUACCGGCUCCUCACAUCUCCACUCUUCUGCUACGCAUGCCACUGUCCCGACUGCCAGAAGGCGACGGGCAGCGCGUUCGCGCUGCACGCAACUAUCGAAACGUACAACAUCAGCAUCAUCUCCGACGCCAAGCCGUCGCUGGUCACGCUCAACAGCAAUGGCUCAAAACCAGACGAGUUACGGCCUCAGGAAGGCGCGAGACGUGCGCUUUGCCAACAGUGCGGGACUGUGUUCUGGGGCCACGAUAAUCCGUGGGGCUUUGCGGUGAGUGAUGUCCGCAUCGGCACGCUGGAUUACCCGGGCAUCAUGGAGCCGGACGUGCAUUCGUUCGUGGGAAGUAAGGUGGGGUGGCUUGCGCUGCCGAAAGACGCCAGGACUUCAAAGGGGCAUUACGACUACGAGCAGAUGUGGCCGAAGAGCAGUCUGAAGAGGCUGGGGGUCUGUCUGGAGCGAUUCGAGGCUGCGAAGAAAGCGAUGGCUGAGAAGAAGCCGGCGGACGAGCAGGCUGAGGCGGGCGUCGGGGAGAAGAACGAGAUUCGCGUCGAGGAAGAUGGAGACAAGACCCCGACGGCGACAGGCGAUUCAGAGAGCGGCGAGGACGACGAGGCCUUCGAGCAGCGCUUCAGAGAGACGGAGAGGGUGUUGAACGAAAGGCUGGCCAAGCUGAGUUUAAAGCUGGAGGGCGGGGAAGAGCAGACUUCGAGUGCGAGUCCGAUAUAACAGCCAGUUGUGGCGGCACGAACGACAACCGACGUCUCGCGUUGGCUUUCCUUUCAGACCGUCAGCAGUAGCGUUCGACGAUCCUAGCAAGGGCGACGUAUUGGCCGUGAUAAAUCAAUGCUAGAACACAAUCAAGACCUGUAGGCUACUUCAAUCCACCGCCGGCCAGCACUCGUCAUCACGAGCAGAGUGCGACAGCUUGGGUGCUCAUCCCAAAGUUGUCAAGAAAAGAAAACAAGGAUUUGAGGCCUAUUUUUGUUUGUUCAACGAGUGUGUAGGGUUGCAGUUCAACGAGUGUGUGGGGCUGCAGUUCAACGAGUGUGUGGGGUUGCAGUUCAACCAGUGUGUGGGGUUGCAGUAUGUUUGUUUAAUUUGACGGUGCUGUAGAGCUACUUUUUGUUUAUUUGAUU